GAGAGGAUGCGCUCCCCCGCGCGGAACGGCAGAGGCCACCGCUCCCAGAAAUGCGAUCGUCCUACCCCCUUCUCUCGACCCCGAGGAGCCGGCGCCCCAGCCCUGUAGGGUUAUGACGCACUGAUUCAAAAGAAGGACUUUUCCAAAUACUUAAUUUGCACUUUUGAUUGUGUAUUAUGGAUACCAAGGAAGAGAAAAAGGAACGGAAACAAAGUUAUUUUGCUCGAUUGAAAAAGAAAAAACAGGCCAAACAAAAUGCAGAGAUGGCCUCAGUGACAGCUACGCGGAGCCAUACUGGAAAAGAAGAUGCCGAUACAGUCAUUUUAGAACAAGACAAGUGCAACAUCACUGUGGAGCAGGAGGAAUAUAGUACUGAUGAGAAAAAGAAGAGAAAAAAUAAUCAGUUAAAGGAGAUCAGACGUACAGAAUUAAAGAGAUUCUAUAGUGUUGAUGACAAUCAGAACAAAAUGCAUGAUAAAAAAGAAAAGAAGAUGGUGGUUCAGAAGCCACAUGGCACUGUGGAAUACACUGCUGGAAACCAGGACACCCUAAACUCCAUAGCACUGAAGUUUAACAUCACUCCCAAUAAGUUAGUCGAACUGAAUAAACUCUUCACUCAUACCAUUGUUCCAGGCCAGGUCCUCUUUGUGCCAGAUGCCAGCUUUCCUUCCAGUACCUUAAGGUUAUCGUCAUCCAGCCCUGGUGCUACUGUCUCUCCCUCUUCAUCAGAUGCAGAAUAUGAUAAACUACCUGAUGCUGACUUAGCAAGAAAGGCCUUAAAACCCAUUGAGAGAGUCUUAUCAUCUACGUCUGAAGAAGAUGAACCAGGAGUCGUAAAAUUUUUAAAAAUGAAUUGUCGAUACUUCACUGAUGGAAAGGGUGUAGUUGGAGGCGUCAUGAUUGUCACUCCUAACAACAUCAUGUUUGACCCUCACAAAUCUGAUCCCUUGGUUAUUGAAAAUGGGUGUGAGGAAUACGGCCUCAUCUGCCCCAUGGAAGAGGUGGUUUCCAUUGCCCUCUACAAUGACAUUUCCCACAUGAAGAUCAAAGACGCCUUGCCCUCGCCUGGAGAAUGGGAAGACCUGGCUUCUGAAAAGGAUAUCAACCCAUUCAGUAAGUUCAAAUCUCUCAACAAGGAAAAACGGCAGCAAAACUGGGAGAGAACUAUCAAUACAGAGUCCAAACCAACGAGACCUUUGGAGAAGGCAGCCAGUGACACACAUGAAGAGCUCUCAGGCCGCCCUCUGUCAGGCAAGUUAAAGAAACUGGAAUCCUCUACCACAGUGACAGGGGCCAGCAGAGAAACUCCUGACACUGAAUUUGAAUUGACAGCCAAAGAAAACUCCCUGUUGGGGGAAGAUGAUGACUUCGUUGACUUGGAAGAACUUUCUUCUCAAAUGGAUGGUGGAACAGACAAAAGAGACAAUGCAAAGGAGUGCCUGGACUCAGAGGAGCUGAGAAAAUCUAACUCACAGAUAAUUAGUUCUGCUACAGAAAGUCAGGUACAGUCAGCCCUGAACGUUUUGAGAACAGAGAGUGAUGCUGAGCUGAAGGGAGCCUUAGAUUUAGAAACUUGUGAGAAGCAAGAUAUAAUGCCAGAAGUGGACAAGCAGUCUGGUUCCCCAGAAAGCCAGGUAGAAAACACACUGAACAUACAUGAAGAUCUAGAUAAAGUUAAACUCAUUGAAUAUUACCUGAAUAAAAACAAAGAUGAGUUACAGUUACCUGAAAACUUGCAGAAGGUAGAACUAAGUGAUGACAAAAACAUUGAACCCAUAGGAAUAGACAUCACCCUUAGUAGUUCUCUUCCCCAGGCAGGUGAUCCCACAAGUGAGGGCAAUCAAGAGCCAUAUAAAGCCUGGAUGAAAGAGAACACAUUGCAACAGGACUCUCCUACAGAUGAAAAUAGAAUUAAAAAGUCUGUAGACUCCUCUUUGGAUUCUUCUCUGCACAACAGCUGCCAAGGUGCACAAAUGGAUAAUAAAUCUGAAAUUCAGUUAUGGCUACUAAAGAGAAUACAGGUACCCAUUGAAGAUAUACUUCCUUCAAAAGAAGAGAAAAGCAAGACUCCUCCCAUGUUUCUAUGCAUCAAGGUGGGAAAACCGAUGAGAAAAUCCUUUGCCACCCACACUGCCUCCAUGGUCCAGCAGUAUGGCAAAAGAAGAAAGCAACCAGAGUACUGGUUUGCUGUUCCUCGGGAAAGAGUGGACCAUUUAUACACAUUCUUUGUUCAGUGGUCUCCUGAUGUCUAUGGGAAAGAUGCCAAAGAGCAAGGUUUUGUGGUGGUGGAAAAGGAAGAACUGAAUAUGAUUGACAACUUCUUCAGUGAGCCAACAACAAAAAGCUGGGAGAUUAUCACUGUUGAGGAGGCAAAGCGCAGGAAGAGCACGUGUAGCUACUAUGAUGACGAUGAGGAGGAAGUUCUUCCUGUCCUGCAACCCCAUAGUGCACUCUUGGAGAACAUGCACAUAGAGCAGCUGGCCCGACGCCUUCCAGCAAGGGUGCAGGGGUAUCCGUGGAGACUUGCAUAUAGCACAUUAGAGCAUGGUACCAGCUUGAAAACUCUCUAUCGGAAAUCAGCAUCGCUAGAUAGUCCUGUCCUAUUGGUCAUCAAAGAUAUGGAUAAUCAGAUUUUUGGAGCAUAUGCAACUCAUCCUUUCAAGUUCAGUGACCAUUACUAUGGCACAGGCGAAACUUUUCUCUAUACUUUUAGCCCCAAUUUCAAGGUCUUUAAGUGGAGUGGAGAAAACUCAUACUUUAUCAAUGGAGACAUAAGUUCUUUAGAACUUGGUGGUGGAGGGGGACGAUUUGGUUUAUGGCUAGAUGCUGACUUAUACCAUGGACGAAGCAACUCCUGUAGCACUUUCAAUAAUGAUAUCCUUUCUAAAAAGGAGGACUUCAUAGUUCAGGAUCUAGAGGUCUGGACAUUUGAGUGACAUUGAGAAUGCCUUAAGAAUUAUAUUAAAAGGACUGGGUUCGAUCACCCUCCCUAAAGCUGGCUAGAAGACAAAGCUUCAGGCCAGUCUGCCUCAUACCAUCAUAAUGCUUUCUUUCUGCCACCAUCUCAGAGCACGAUCACAUCACAGGAAGAUUCGGGAAGACAUAUGUAGAGGGCAGACACUG